GAUGGCAACACUGCGUGUUGUCAAUGGACAAUGAAUUGGAUCGAAUUAAAUAAAUAUUCUAUCUGUGAUCUGUGUUAUUUCGUAUCUUUAAUCUUGAAAACUCACGUCCUAGGAAAUAAAUUACUUGUUAUUUCAACAUUUGUUCUGUUUAAGAUGGCAUAUACAGAAAAAGUGUCAUUAAGUGGCACUGCACUAUCGUUUUUGUUGUACGAAUGUGUGAAUUCUGUGAACAGUCAGGAAGGAUUUCUGAUCGGGGACAUAACUUCGGAAAUAACUAAUCACAUAUCAGAUUCUCAAAGUGAUAAUGCCAGACUUGAUACUCAAAUAGAGAUAAGAACUGUUUUGCCACUGCCAUCAGUUUCAUUAUUUUAUCUUCCAACAGGCAAAAUUAAGGAGGAUGUAUUAUCUGGAUUACUUUCAGAUAAAGCAAGUGAAAUAGUAGGGUGGUACAAGUAUAGAAAAAACACAAACAUCAAACCUACUUUUCGAGACAAAUUAAUAUCUAAAGGACUACAAAAGUACUUUGAGAGAUAUCAUGGAAAGAAAACAUUUGUUACAUGCCAUUUGUCUUAUAAAUGUUUUUCAUCUGGAUUAAGUCAUACUUUUAUAUAUCGUUUCGGAAAAAUAAAUUGUUUUGAUAUGUAUGAGUACAUGGAGGAUGUAACUGCCAAUUUAGGUGAGAAAUUGACUGGCUAUAAAAAACCUCAUAGACUACCACCACAAAGUGCAUUUAACAAAAUUGUGAAGGAAAGUAACUUACAAACAAACUCAGGAUCUGAAGCUAUAUUACGUAUUCAGGAGGCUGUAGAUGUCAGGUUAAUGAAUGAAGCCAAAAUAGCAGCAAAGAAUGAAAAUAUAAUCAGGGCUUUAGAAGCUGAAAUUAAACAAAUGACUACAAUAUUGGCGGAAAAACAAGCAGCAGACUUGCAGUCUGUAUGCAACAAAAUAAUAGAAGAAAACAUCAAAAACAGAGAAACUGAAAUGGCAGAAGCAUGUAUGAAAGCAUUGCAAAAUUUGGAUGAAAAGGACAUACUGGAUAUCCCCAACUCAAUGAAUAGGAACCAUGUCUCUUCAAAUAGUGACAACUUGGUACAAUUAAAAGAAAGUGAUUUGAAAGAGAGAACUCCAAGUCCGGUGCUAAUGCCAACCAGCUCAACUAAACCUGCCUUGAAAUAUUCUUCAGUUUUGAAGAACAAAAAAGAAGUUGCCUCUACCAGUAAACAAAGCAUCUGUGAGGACUUGAUUAGUUUUGAUGUGGAAGACAGGCAAGCAAAGAAGCCAAAUGUUGUAAAUGAUGAAAUUAAAUGUUUGAGGGACAGUUCACCAGAAUAUUGAUAAGUGCCUUAAUUAUUUGAGUUACCAUAUGUUGGAAUAUUAUAUUACUUUUUUACCAAUUUGUUAUUCCUAUUCAUUCUAUGUAAAUAAAUUUUGUUAUCUCAUACAGUUUCCAAGAAAAUGUUUGUAAUGUUGUCCAUUUUUUAAUCACUCACUCAUAUUUGAAAAGUUUUUGAACAUAAUACUGGGUCUUAAGGGAAAUUUCCUGCUGUCUCCUCAGGCUAAAGACAACAUAAAAUAAAGUGACAAUUUAUAUCUUAUAAAGAAAAGUUUCAACAUGAAGAUUUACAAAUUUAUUCUGCUCGAGUACUAUAUAAGAUGUUAUUUAAUCUCAAUUCUCUGUUGUAGUUGUAAGAAUAAAUAUAAUUAUAUUUUUGUAAUUACUAAUAUAGGUGUCCCUUUAAAUAAAUAUGUUUUUAUAAAAAAAAA